AUGGAGUUGUUUUACUUUUUGGCGAUAUUUUCCGUGAUUCUUGCAAAUUUUGCCGUUUUUUCUCUAAAAUACGAGCACAUCAGUGAUUGUCAAUUUUUCAAUCGUGGACCAAAGGCUGGUGACGAUAAUUUAACAUUUAUAUGUGGCGAAAGUAAUGGUGAAAGCAGUGUUUUUGUUGACACAAAUCAUUUCAAGUGUGCGGAUGUUUCGAGCCAAGAUCGUAAAUGGCCCGGGACAAUAGACUUCAAAAAUUGUCGAUUCCGUAAAAUUUCAAUCAACUUCUUUGAAUUAUUCAUCUCGUUGCAUACGUUCAUCGCAUCGGAUAUCGAGCUCGAAUCAAUGGAAACGAAAAACUUCCGUGAUGCAAAGAAUCUCACGCAUUUGGAUGUGUCGCACAAUCAAUUGACCGCCAUUCAACCGUUGCUGUUUUUCAAUGCUGAAAAAUUAGCCAGAGCUGAUUUCUCAAGGAAUGCAAUUAAUCAAGUGGAUCCAUUGGCAUUUAUGGGCGCUAACAACUUGAAAUCAUUGGAUUUAUCGCACAAUAACAUCAAUCAAGUGGAUUCGAAAGUUUUUUCCACACCAAAAUUGUCGGAACUAAAUUUGUCGAAUAAUAACUUGAGCAUUUUUGAGGAACACACAUUCGAUAACAUCACGGAGUUGAAACACUUGAAUUUGUCAUUCAACCCGAUUGGCGAUUUAAAAAUUGAAAUAUUUACUUAUCUAACGAAUUUGGAGACGUUGGACUUGAAGAACACCGGUAUUGCAAGCAUUCAACUCGGAACAUUUUCGCAUCAGCAAAAGUUGACAUUGUUGGAUUUAUCUGAGAACAAAUUGCAGAAAUUGGAUUUCAAUCACUUUUUACCGGUUCUUCCCGAUCUACGAUCAUUGAAUUUGGACGGAAAUCAACUCACAAAUUUGUCUGGCUUUGGAAAUGUUCUGUUCCCGAAAUUGGAACAUUUGGACAUUAGAGAUAAUAAAUUCAACUGCGUUUAUUUGGAAAACUUCAUGAAAUCCGUCAACUGGGAAAAGCUUCGACUUCCAAUCGGUAAUCCAACAGUUAAAGCAGGAGAAAAAAGCAUUCGGGGCAUUAGAUGUGAAGCUGGCAAUCAAACAGUUGAGGCCGAAGCAACCAAUAUUCCAGUGGAUGGUAAUCACUGUUGUUGUGAAACCAUUGUUCAUAAUCACAAGAUUGAGCCCGAAGCAUUGGUUGCAGCUCGUCUUGAAAUUGAAUCAAAAGAAAACAAGGCGACUGAGUCUACUUUCAAUGUAAAACAAACAUUCCAUAACGAUCUAUACGUUCAUCUGUACCUUGGAUUCAUUUGCAUCAUGCUUACGGUAUUCAUCAUUUUGUACGUUGUUGCAAACUUUCAACAACUCCGAAGACUAGGAAAGUCGGUAACGUUUCAACAUGAGAAAACUGAUAAACCAUCUCCAGCUCAACAAACCGUCGAAUUUACAAACCAUUCCGAGAUGCUGCUGAUUAAAGAACGAUAA